AUGGAAGCCAGAGAAUCUUCGGAUGGCAUCGGAAACCGGAAGAUGAGCAAGGUUCCGAAAGGAUACGUUGCCGUUUAUGUUGGACCGGAGUUUAGAAGGUUUGUGAUUCCAAUAAGGUUCUUGAGCAUGGCUGAGGUGAAGGAGUUGAUGGAUGAUAUAGCUGAGGAGUUUGGUUGUGAUUAUCACGCUGAUGGUGCUCUUCAUAUUCCAUGUGAUGAAGAUUAUUUUCGCAAUGUUUUGAUUAAUUGUUUUGCAACACAAGGCAGGGUAUCUUCUAAGAAUCAUAAGAUCAAACUUGGUAAUAAGAAUGCCUUGAUUUACAGUCAUUAA